UAAGUUAAAAGGGAGAGGGUAGCCGAAUUGAGAGAAGGAAGAAAGGAGAAAAAGAAAAGGAGAAAAAAAAAGAAGCUUGUGAGAGGAGGGCUGCCGCACAAGAGGGUUUUGGUGUGAAAAGGGAAAAGAAAAAAAAAACAAGAGAGAAAAAAGGGUUCUUGACAGAGGAAACCGAGAGAGUAAAGGAGAGGCUGCACAAACACAAAAACCAAAAAAAAAGAGACAAAAGAAAAACAAACAAAAGGGAGAACAAUAGGGGGAUUCAGCGGCACAAAAGGGAAGUCGGGAAAGAAAAGAAGAAAAACAGAAAAAAAAACCAAAGAAAUCAAAGGAAGGAGAGAAGAAAUCGCACAGGAGAAGAAAUUGAAGGAGUUUCAGGAGUUGAAGAAAUCAGAAAGGAGAAAGCAAGAAAGGGAUUUCUUCUUUUGGUUCUCGAAAGAAUGAUCAAGCCCAUAGGAACAAGCACGGUGGAGUUGGGUGAUCCAGUAGAGAUCAGAGACAAGUUAGAAAAGCUACAAGAAGAGUUGGGAGAUAGUUUGAAAGAAGAUCAGUCAUUGAGACCAGUGAAGAAGGUUUCAUUCCAGACUCGAGCACCGGAAGCUUUGUCUGAGUUUUGGCAGAAGCAGGAUAUGAAUACAAAGAAAGCGUUUAGGAGUAUGUUUGGGAGAAUUGAUCAUCUGUUGACUAUCCAGACGCCAGUAACUCUCCGGAAGGCGGCUAUGCAGUAUUGGGAUCCAACAUACCGUUGCUUCACUUUUGGGUCAAUAGAUUUAUCACCAUUGAUGGAAGAGUAUGCCGAAUUAUUGGGGUACACCUUGCACGCUAAUAAAAUCUAUAACCCAAGAGAAAAAACUUUUGCGGAAGCAGUUAUCUCUAAGCUUUUGGGUUUACCAGUGAAGAAGAUUAAAGAAAUGGGAAGUACAAAGGGUGCAAGGUGGACUUUUCCAGAAGAAAUAUUGAUGAAUUUUGCUAAAGAGAAUUUCCACAAGGAAGAAGGACGAUUUGCUUUUGCAAUUGUCAUAUAUGGUACCGUGAUUUUUCCAUGUGCUGGUGGAAAUAUAGAUAGAGGUGUGAUUAAGAUGGUUAAUCAUGUUAAGCAUCAAACGACUCCAGUGCCUGCCAUAUUAUGUGAGACUUUUCGGUCCCUUAAUCACUGUCGUGUUUCUACGGAAGGGAGGUUUAUUGGGUGUGCUCAGUUGCUUGGGAUUUGGCUUAUUAGUCACCUAAAGUAUGACAAGACAGUUGGGGCUCCUUUUGUGCAGUUCCAAAAAGAUGAUUGUCAGUUGAGAGAUCCUAUUAGUGAUUUCGAAAAGGCCCUUGGGGAAUUACAAGUCAGGCUCCAGCCAUGUUUCUCCAACAAAUAA